AUUGAAUGGCGGUGCAGGCUCGAAGGGCCGAAUGGCCUAUUUCCUGCACCUAUUUUCUAUGUUUCUAUUAUACAGCAGCUGAAUAUUUUUGGAAUCGACAGAAGGCGGUUGCAACAUCAAUAUUAGAGCAGCCCUUUUGGGCCACGUGGCCUGUGUUUCACUAUAAAUUCUACUUGAUAUUAACCGACGUUGGAAAUGUCAGCAAUAUUCAGACAUUAAAAAAAAAAGUAAGGAGGCGUCUCCAAUAACUGAAGGCUGGAAAAUUGCAAGCAGCCAUUGGGUGUCAUUAGUGGCCCGGCUUGCUGGCUGUGUGCAGAAUGGGUGUGUGGGUGCUGCCAAUACGAUGCCAGACUCGGCGUUGAGAAAGUAAUCCAUCCCUUCUGCACAGAGGUCUCCCGAGUGUGGAGGAGAAGCGUUAUUUAUAUAAAUAGCGAGUCUUUCCACCCCCACUUUCCCUUUGUACAGCCUCGUCAAACUCACGCUGGUUUACAGGCAGGGAAGGCAAAAUAGCUUUCAGCUACUGAGCUGUGCAGUCAUUGCACUCAGUUUGGAGGGGGUGGGGAGAGAAAUCUCAAUUAAUGUAGGAAAUUAAACGGGAGUUUUGAAAUCUGGGUGGGUGGGAAAGCUCAUUAAUCUGCAGCUAACUAAUCUGAUGCUUGGUGUGGACUCCAGCCACGUCUCUUGAGUUGAGUUUUAAGUUUUGAGUUGCUGCAGUCUGGCAGCCGAUCUGGCUCCAGCUUUAAGAGGGAUUCAAAGCUGCACGAAACUCCACUCCUGCGGCUUGUGUGCUUGUCCGGGAGGUGUGGCGAAGCGUCACGAAACUUGUUUUGAAUGGUUCGAAGACCGGACCAACGAGACUGGUGUAACAUAAUCCCUGUUACUGCGGGGAAAAAACAUUGACCUCUAUCUGCGCGGCUGAGUGGAGAGUAUCAGGAAAUGAUUGUCUCCCGACAAAGUGGGCACCGAAUGUCCUGCCCUGCUUGAAAAGAAAAAAAGUGUUCAAGAGAAAAGAAAAAAAGCUGGCCAGCUUCUUAAAGCCUGGAAUUUUGAGAGGGCAGAAUGUGCACUCGAUUCAAAGGUGCUCGUGCUUGCGGCCCAAGUUAGUAACCGUGAUUCACUGACUACCUGGGAAGGAAUCCUCCUCGCUGCUCCUUUCAGACGCUGCAGUAUUUUCAAGUCGCCGGAUCGACCAAGAAGAGGACUAGUCAAUCAUCUCCAACAUGUUCAGCAAGAAGAAGAAACGGGUGGAGAUCUCAGCACCAGUGAAUUUCGAACACCGGGUUCACACCGGCUUUGACCAGCAGGAGCAGAAAUUCACCGGGCUCCCCCGGCAAUGGCAAAGUCUCCUCGAGGACACGGCCAAGAGGCCCAAGCCGAUGGUCGACCCAUCGUAUAUCACGCCCAUCCAGCUCGCCCCCCGUAAGGCCAUUGUUCGAGGCAGCAAGAUUGGAAUCGACGGCUCGCUAAACUGGCUGCUGGAUGAGUUUGAGAAUGUUUCCGUCACCCGCUCCAAUUCGCUGCGGCGCGGGAGCCCGCCGACACUGCCCCAUCGCGACCAAGCGCAGGAUGUGAUGCACAGGAACGGGAUGCACGACGGCCUCCCCAGGGGCGCCUACCCAGCAGAGCUGGAGAGGUACCACGAGCAUCGGGCGAGAACUGACGGGGCCAGGCCGGGCUCGCGGGACGAGAGGGACCAGGGCAGGGACGACCGGCACAGGAGCCGGCAGCACGAGGGGCGGACGUACCCGCAGCAGCCCAGGGGGCAGGAGCCGAGCCGGGCCGGCCACCGCAACAAGGACCCACGCCCCGAUCACCGCAAGGCCUCCGACGCCAGGGGCAAGGGGGACGGCCGCAGGGGCCACCCCGGCGAGCGCGAGGCCAACCACGUGGGCGAGCAGGAGCACUUGGCCAGGCGGGAGAGGAACGACGGCACCGACAAGAGGCCAAAGUCCACGUACACGGGCGAGGUCAGCCCGCAGUCCCCGCGGGACAAGCGGCCCCUCUCCGGGGCAAACGUCCGCUCUCCAAACGUUCCCGAUGCCGAGGGAGCGUUGAAGAGCAUGCACCACCUGGCAAGACCCUUCAAUACCUACCCAAUGGCCGAUACAUCGGCAAACAGGGGCACCAGCAGCCAGGUUGACCUCCGGGUUGGAAUACCUCACGACCUCAGACACAAUGGACCCAACGUGGCCAAACACAGCCCGACUAAACCGGAGCAGGGCCACUUCAAAGGGGCCCCGGUGGACCCCGCCCCCAGCGGCCUGGCCCCCCCGAACGCUUCCGACACGCACCCGGCCCGAAGCACCCAGCCCGGCUCCCCGGCCCCGUACCCGGGGCCCGACCUGCGCUCGCCCCAGCGGGAGCCGCAGCGGGUGUCCCACGAGCAGUUCCGGGCCGCCCUGCAGAUGGUGGUGGACCCGGGGGACCCCCGCACCUACCUGGACAACUUCAUCAAGAUCGGCGAGGGGUCGACCGGCAUCGUCUGUAUCGCCACCGUGAAGAGCAGCGGCAAGCUGGUCGCCGUCAAGAAGAUGGACCUGCGCAAGCAGCAGCGGAGGGAGCUGCUCUUCAACGAGGUUGUGAUAAUGCGUGACUACCAUCAUGAAAAUGUGGUGGAGAUGUACAAUAGCUAUCUCGUGGACGAUGAGCUGUGGGUGGUGAUGGAAUUCCUGGAGGGAGGAGCACUGACUGACAUCGUAACACACACCAGGAUGAAUGAAGAACAGAUAGCCACCGUCUGCCUGUCUGUGCUGAAGGGGUUGGCGGUCCUCCACGCACAAGGGGUGAUUCACAGAGACAUCAAGAGUGACUCCAUUCUCUUAACUCACGACGGAAGGGUGAAGCUUUCCGACUUUGGGUUUUGUGCCCAGGUAUCGAAGGAUGUGCCAAGGCGCAAGUCACUAGUGGGCACCCCUUACUGGAUGGCACCAGAGCUGAUCUCCCGGUUGCCUUACGGACCAGAGGUUGAUAUCUGGUCUCUGGGCAUCAUGGUGAUCGAGAUGGUCGAUGGGGAGCCUCCAUACUUCAAUGAACCUCCUCUGAAGGCCAUGAAAAUGAUACGGGAUAAUCUGCCUCCCAAACUGAAGAAUGGCCAGAAGGCCUCGCCCCUGCUGAAGGGGUUUCUGGAGCGGCUGCUGGUUCGGGACCCGUCGCAGCGAGGGAUGGCGACAGAGCUACUGAAGCACCCCUUCCUGAGCAAGGCGGGCCACUCCUCAUGCAUCGUCCUACUGAUGAGAAUGAACCGGACUAAAUGAGCAAGCAGCUUGUGAGUUAGCGGACACCACUGGGAGAGGAGAAAAGAAAAUCUGUGAUUUUUUUAAAAACUAGGAAGCCUAUAUCUCAUAAAUAAAACAUUUGGCAUUUACCAGAGCGGGAUGUUUGAUGUCUGGGCCUGUGAGAUGUCACCUGUCUGUGGGGGGAACGCUGUUCCCAACUGCAUCUCCCGUCGGGACCUUGACACUACUGUUUCUCAAACGGGGCAGAACCACAACGGAGAGAUAUCGAUACUACUGAACGCUGACUUUUUGUAACGUGUAACUUAAAAGCAAAAGACUGUUGCCGGAUGAGUUAUGUAGUUUAAAUGCUUAUACAACAGCUGAGAGGAACUACACUGGAAUUUUAUAUAAAUAUAAAAAAAUAAGUGUGUAUAUUUCACUACUAAAUCAAGAUUUGAUUUUUAAACACUGUUAUUAAGAUGAGACAGAUGCACCAGGAAGAUGCAUGCAACUAGGGAGAGGGGCGAUCCUGACCUUUUGUGAGGUUUGUUGGGAUAUUGGUCGACAAAGUGGGCCGUGUUUAACGGCUCCCACAUCACAUUGGACUCACCGUCGGCCAAGUUUGCUUUUCGAAUAGAUCUGUGUUUUUAUUUUUUUAAAGUGUGCAGGAUUUGAGCCGGUUGUGGAGACUAAGUUUAAAGUCUGGUCUCGUUUUGCAUGGCGUCCAGCAGCCACUGCAUCGCAAGUCUCGAAGCCAAGUCGACUGUGAAUUCUGCAUUGCGUGAAGUCUACACAAUGGUAACUGGUGGUCACCAGCGCUGGACACUCCCUCUCCACCGCCUCCCGACAUCAAUGUCUUCUUCUUCUCCUUGCGUGUGGCAUGCACAGCCUAAAGUUGUUGGGCAACUUGUUCUAUUUGAUUGUGCUCGCCAGGUUGAUUGCAUUCGUCGAAAAACAGGGCGGACCAACCUCCCACCCCAUCAAUGUGUUUAAGGCAACGGUCAGGAGGGCUCCGUCUCUGAGAGAAUUGAACAGCGUUGGGAAAUUUAAUCGGGGAAACGAGCCGAAAGCACAGAACAUGAUCAAACCGCGGCAACUUCUACCGAUGACACAGGAUACUUUUUCCAGUGAAAUGCAGUGAGUGCCAGUGUGACAUAAAGGUGAUGCAUGUGAAAAAUCGCAUGCAGCAGUGUGGUCACCAGUUUCGGAAGGGAAGCUCUCUGUUCACCCACACCCUGCAGGUAGACUGUGAAGAGGUGAGACUCGUGCUGUCUGAUCCCACUAUAACAUGAGCCACAGUCUGCUCCCUUGUGAGAUCAUAUCUCCAGCAUGUGCCAGUCCCUUUAACCAGUCUGGUUCGUGCUUUAGGUAAACCAUUUCCUCCUUUUUAACCAAAAUAUUGUAAAAACCCCAUUCUAAGUUCUGUCUGUCUCAGAGUAAUCUUAAGAGUUUGUCUCAAGAGUUAGGGAUUGCUGAUGCACUUUUCAUAUGCAGGUCGGAAGGAUUGGCUGAGGGAGAUGUAUUUUCUUGUAACGCGAGCCAGCAGAUUGAUCCGUUAUUUGCACCAGAGCAGCGGGUGAGAUGUCGACCGUAAAGGCUUCUACAUUGAAGGAGGGCAGCAGCUAUCACAAAGUAAAUCACCAAAAUCCCAGAAGUUCCAAAUAUCUUGAUAUCGAAGUAACUUUCUAUCACUUACAAAAUAGUUUGGACUUUAUUGGCGCUAACUGGCUGGGAUUUUGGGUGUGAAGAUUAAUGUGAGAGGAUUUGUUUUGACGUAACCCAGGUUUAUGUCCUAUAUGAGCUACUGUUCGAUGAGGCUGUAGGGACUGUGUGGCCUUUGUUGGCUGAACCAGCCGCUAGUGCAGGGGAAUAUUCCACUGACUGCUGGCCAGAUUUCAAUGGGCUGCCCUCUACUCCAGCAGUUAGGGUUGAGAACAUCUGGCAGCACAGCGGUAGAGUUGCUGCCUCACAGCGCCGGAGACCCGGGUUCAAUCCUGACCAGGGCGCUGUCUGUACGGAGUUUGCACGUUCUCCCCGUGACCUGUGUGGGUUUUCCUCCGAGAUCUUCGGUUUCCUCCCACACGUGCGGGUUCAUCGGUAAAUUGGCUUGGUGUAAAUGUGAAGUUGCCCCUAGGAUGUGUAGGGUAGUGCAAGUGUGAGGUGCGGACUCGGGCCGAAGGGCCUGUACCUCGAAACCGGACUCCUCUCUUCCACCAAGCACUAGUCCUGAACUCCCUCAGCGUGUCAGUGUGCAGUGCAACAAGCUACAAGUUCAACAAGUCAUCUCUGAAGCCUUUGCAGACCCAUGUAGAAAUCACUCUGGAAGUAGGAACGGUUGUGUGAACAUCAAUAUCUCAACAAGCUGGUUGCACAGAAUUGUCCUUGAAGUUUGAGCUUCAUCAGAAUGGAUGGAUGAACUUACUACUGACACCUUUGCCUGGGUUUGUUUAAGGAUAUUUAUAUUGUACUUUUUUUUGUAACACCACAGUAUUUUUUUUUUUGAGAAUGCUGCAACUUAUUUUCUUGAGUAGCUACUUUACAAGAAGAUUUACUGUUUUACUGUUUUUCAAAAAGUGUUUUUCACUGUGCCAUGAGGGUGGAUUUAAUGAGGUUUUUAAAAUUUCUAAUUACAGAUUUGAAAACC